AUGGCGUUCAUAUGUUCGAUUAGCGGCGUCCAGCCAGAAGAACCGUGCUUGAGCCGUACUGGAUACGUAUUCGAACGACGUCUUAUUGAAAAACACCUACAGGAGACCGCUACGUGCCCAGCUACCGGAGAACCGCUUACAGUUGACGAUCUAAUACCGAUAAAAUGUGACAAGACUGUUAAACCAAGGCCGGCAACAUCUAUGAGCAUACCUGGUAUUCUGUCACUGUUACAGAGUGAAUGGGAUGCCUUGGCACUGGAGACAUAUAAUCUGCGAACGCACGCAAACACAGUGCGAAAACAGCUCUGCCAAAGCUUAUAUGAACAUGACGCAGCUACCAGGGUAAUCGCCAGACUUAUUAAAGAACGUGAUCGUGCAUUACAACAAGUAGAAGCAUUGGAAAAACAACUUCUGGAGUUUAGAACUAAUUAUGAUGCCGGAGCUAUCGAAGUGGGUCUUGACGAUGCAAGCGUAAGCCGUAUAGAACAAUUGGCGAAGGCGUUAAUGGCAGAGCGAAAGAAACGCGAUGUUACCAAAUUUACACCAGCAAAUGAAAUCGCAAAAUUCAGCCAAACUGGUGACUAUAGAACACACAGCUCAACGACACCAGGAAUACUUACGGUAACCAUGGACCAAUUCGGGGAACGAUACGGAAGAACAGCCUGCUUUACCGGUGGAGCAGACGGUGCCGUUAUACAUUUCGAUUUGGGGACUGGAAAGACAUUAACACGGAUGACAAACCACAUGAAGGCCGUGAACUCGGUGGUAGCACACCAGUUUACCAAUAUAGUAGUAUCAGGAUCCGACGAUAAAACAAUGAGAGUAUGGCGUGCACCUGAUAUACCCGAAACUGACAGUGAAUUCACAUGCGCACAUGUAAUCAAGAGCAGCAAAGCAGGGAUUAUGAGCCUAUCAUUACACGCUAGUGGUGAGUAUUUCUUAGGUGGAGCCGCAGAUGGGCUAUGGCACCUAGUGGAACUUGAAUCCGGACGGGUAAUUAAGGUUUGCCGAGAUAUACCCUCUCCAUGCGCAAAUUUAGAGUUCCACCCAGACGGAUUACUAGCUGCUGGAAGUGGAGCAGAUGGAAGUAUACACAUUUGGGACCUACGUACCCAAACACUCACCAGCUCCCUAGCACACGAAACACCCUCACGUCUAGCAUCACUAAGCUUCAGUGAAAAUGGAUAUCAUCUCGCAACAGUCUCCGAAGACGGACAGCUACGCCUAUGGGAUUUGCGCAAGAGCAAGGUAUUCGCAUCCACAGAUUGUAACGUAUCGCCCGCUGUGGUCAAGUUCGACAAAUCAGGUACCACGCUAGCAGUGGGAUCAACCAAGGUCGAACUAUAUGCACUUGUAGACAAGACUACAGUAAACGUUGUAGGAACAUUUGAAGGACAUAGCGGAUACAUCACUGACCUCGAGUUCGGACCGAACUCAAAGUUCCUACUGACAACCUGCAGAGACAAGAGUCUCAGAUUAUUCUCAUAA